AUGGGCGACAUCCCCGGCCUCGUCCGAAUCAGCGUCUCCCUCAAAAUCCAGCCCAACGACGGGGCGGUGUAUUUCAAGGUGGACGGGCAGCGCUUCGGCCAGAACCGCACCAUAAAGCUUCUGACCGGGGCUGCAAGCCCGUACGCUGUCUCUGAGCUGCCAGGGAAGGGGCAUGCAGGGCUGCUGAAAGGCUGGAUCUCGUUUCUUUCCAGGACAAUGGGCAUCGGGGGCGUCAAUGUCCCGCUGGAGGAGAAAUCGAGGGAUGCACAGGUGGCCUCUUACAUAGGAAUCUACGACACAGAAGGGGUGCCCCACACCAAGAGCGGGGAGAGACAACCCAUCCAGGUCAACAUGCAGUUUAACGACAUUGGCGUUUUUGAAACAGUCUGGCAAGUCAAAUUCUACAACUACCACAAACGGGAUCAUUGCCAAUGGGGAAACAGUUUCGGCAGUAUUGAGUACGAAUGCAAACCAAACGAAACGCGCAGUCUGAUGUGGAUCAAUAAAGAGACCUUCCACUGAAGAGAUGUGAAACCAAUACUGCUGGACAAUCUCCCUAAAGAAAAAUCUACCUUUUUAAACCAGCAAGAAGCCUUAACCAAGGCAUACUGUAACAUUGCUUUGUUCCAGAAGGUUCCAACAACUAUGCUGUAUAUACAGGUGGUGCCACUAAAAUCUUUGCCUAUUACUGUAUUUUAAGUUUACUAUGGCAUCUGCUAUAUUCUUUAUCCGUCACCCUGAGAACACUGUAAAGUUCAUGGUAAAGAAUAUCUGAUAGUUGGAUAGAAAGUCAUACCAUCAUAAUAUUGUCGUAAGUAUUUGGAUUAUGCCCACUAAACAGUUCCACUAGAGGUAACAACUUUUGUAAGCUGUUUUGCUUUAUUGCUUAGAAUUUGGAUGCAACAUCUCAU